AGUCCCAGCCAAAACUUGUGUGCAGGAACAGAGAAUAAGCUGAGCUCUCUCUCUGACUUGGAACAGCAGUAUCGAGCCUUGCGCAAGUACUACGAAAACUGUGAGGUAGUCAUGGGCAACUUGGAGAUAACCAGCAUUGAGCACAACCGGGACCUCUCCUUCCUGCGGUCUAUCAGAGAAGUCACAGGCUACGUGUUAGUGGCUCUUAAUCAGUUUCGUUACCUGCCUCUGGAGAAUUUACGCAUUAUUCGUGGGACAAAACUUUAUGAGGAUCGAUAUGCCUUGGCAAUAUUUUUAAAUUACCGAAAAGAUGGAAAUUUUGGACUUCAAGAACUUGGAUUAAAGAACUUGACAGAAAUCCUAAAUGGUGGAGUCUAUGUAGAUCAGAACAAAUUCCUUUGUUAUGCAGACACCAUUCAUUGGCAAGAUAUUGUCCGGAACCCAUGGCCUUCCAACUUGACUCUGGUGUCAACAAAUGGUAGCUCAGGAUGUGGACGUUGCCAUAAGUCUUGUACCGGCCGAUGCUGGGGACCCACAGAAAGCCAUUGCCAGACUUUGACAAGGACAGUGUGUGCAGAACAAUGUGAUGGCAGAUGCUACGGACCCUACGUCAGUGACUGCUGCCACAGAGAAUGUGCUGGAGGCUGCUCAGGACCUAAGGACACAGACUGCUUUUUCCAUUAUCAUGAUACCACAAUGCUGAGUGAACUUCAAAUUAUCAUUUCAUUACCCAAUGGUCCAGUGAUCCCACUUUGGCCUUCAGUGCAGGAUGUUCAAGGUCUCGGUGUAAGUUACGUUGUUUGGUAUGCUGUCUAUAACUUUGUGGUAGAUUCCAGUUCUUGUGUGCGUGCCUGCCCUAGUUCCAAGAUGGAAGUCGAAGAAAAUGGGAUUAAAAUGUGUAAACCUUGCACUGAUAUUUGCCCGAAAGCUUGUGAUGGCAUUGGCACGGGAUCGCUGCUGUCGGCUCAGACAGUGGACUCCAGUAACAUCGACAAAUUCAUAAACUGCACCAAGAUCAAUGGGAAUUUGAUCUUCCUUGUCACUGGUAUUCAUGGGGACCCUUACAAUGCAAUUGAAGCCAUAGACCCAGAGAAACUGAACGUCUUUCGGACAGUCAGAGAGAUAACAGGUUUCUUGAACAUACAGUCAUGGCCCCCAAAUAUGACCGACUUCAGCGUUUUUUCUAACCUGGUGACCAUUGGUGGAAGAGUGCUCUACAGUGGCCUCUCCUUGCUCAUCCUCAAGCAACAGGGCAUCACCUCUCUGCAGUUCCAGUCCCUGAAGGAAAUCAGUGCAGGAAACAUCUACAUUACCGACAACAGCAACCUGUGUUAUUAUCAUACCAUUAACUGGACAACUCUCUUCAGCACGAUCAACCAAAGAAUCGUAAUCCGGGACAACAGGAAAGCAGAAAAUUGUACUGCUGAAGGAAUGGUGUGCAACCAUCUGUGUUCCAAUGAUGGCUGUUGGGGUUCUGGGCCAGACCAGUGUCUCUCCUGCCGCCGCUUCAGCCGGGGAAGGGUCUGCAUAGAGUCUUGUAACCUCUAUGACGGUGAAUUUCGGGAGUUUGAGAACGGCUCCAUCUGUGUGGAGUGUGAUCCCCAGUGUGAGAAAAUGGAAGAUGGCGUCCUCACCUGCCAUGGACCGGGACCUGACAACUGUACAAAGUGUUCUCAUUUUAAGGAUGGCCCAAACUGUGUGGAAAAAUGUCCAGAUGGCUUACAGGGGGCAAACAGUUUCAUUUUCAAGUACGCCGAUCAGGAUCGAGAGUGCCACCCGUGCCAUCCAAACUGCACCCAGGGGUGCAUAGGCUCAAGUAUUGAAGACUGCAUCGGCCUGAUGGAUAGGUGUAACGGUCCCACUAGUCAUGACUGCAUUUACUACCCAUGGACGGGCCAUUCCACUUUACCACAACAUGCUAGAACUCCACUGAUUGCGGCCGGGGUCAUUGGAGGGCUCUUCAUCCUGGUCAUUGUGGGUCUGACGUUUGCAGUUUAUGUCAGAAGGAAGAGUAUCAAGAAGAAAAGAGCCUUGAGGAGAUUCCUGGAAACAGAGCUGGUAGAACCCUUAACCCCCAGUGGCACAGCACCCAAUCAAGCUCAGCUUCGCAUUUUGAAAGAAACUGAGCUGAAGAGGGUCAAAGUCCUUGGCUCAGGUGCCUUUGGAACCGUUUAUAAAGGUAUUUGGGUGCCUGAAGGAGAAACAGUGAAGAUUCCUGUAGCUAUUAAGAUUCUUAAUGAGACGACUGGUCCCAAGGCCAACGUGGAGUUCAUGGAUGAAGCUCUGAUUAUGGCAAGUAUGGACCAUCCACAUUUAGUCCGGUUACUAGGUGUGUGUCUGAGUCCAACCAUCCAGCUGGUGACUCAGCUCAUGCCCCAUGGCUGCCUACUGGAGUACGUCCACGAGCACAAGGAUAACAUCGGAUCACAGCUGCUGCUGAACUGGUGUGUCCAGAUAGCGAAGGGAAUGAUGUACCUAGAAGAGAGGCGGCUUGUCCAUCGGGACUUGGCGGCCCGUAACGUCUUAGUGAAAUCUCCAAACCAUGUGAAAAUCACAGACUUCGGACUCGCUAGACUCUUGGAAGGAGAUGAAAAAGAGUACAAUGCCGACGGAGGAAAGGUAGGAGUCACUAUCUGGGAACUGAUGACCUUUGGAGGGAAACCCUAUGACGGAAUCCCAACACGAGAAAUACCUGAUUUAUACACUGACAUUUUUACUGUGUGUAAAUUUCCAGGUUGGAUGAUUGAUGCUGACAGUAGACCUAAAUUUAAGGAACUGGCUGCUGAAUUUUCAAGGAUGGCUCGAGACCCUCAAAGAUACCUUGUUAUUCAGGGUGAUGAUCGUAUGAAGCUUCCCAGUCCAAAUGACAGCAAGUUCUUUCAGAAUCUCCUGGAUGAAGAGGAUUUAGAAGAUAUGAUGGAUGCUGAGGAAUACCUAGUCCCUCAGGCUUUCAACAUCCCACCUCCCAUCUAUACUUCCAGAGCAAGAAUUGACUCAAACAGGAGUGAAAUUGGACACAGCCCUCCUCCUGCCUACACCCCCAUGUCGGGAAACCAGUUUGUGUACCGAGAUGGGGGUUUUGCUGCAGAACAAGGAGGGACCGUGCCCUACCGAGCCCCGACCAGCACAAUCCCAGAAGCUCCAGUUGCUCAGGGGGCUACAGCUGAGAUUUUCGAUGACACCUGCUGUAACGGCACCCUCCGCAAGCCAGUGGCACCCCGUGUCCCAGAGGACAGUAGCACCCAGAGGUACAGUGCUGACCCUACAGUGUUUGCCCCUGAGCGGAGCCCGCGAGGAGAGCUGGAUGAAGAAGGUUACAUGACUCCUAUGCGAGACAAGCCCAAACAAGAAUACCUAAAUCCUGUGGAAGAGAACCCUUUUGUUUCCCGAAGAAAAAACGGAGACCUUCAAGCUUUGGAUAAUCCUGAGUAUCACAAUGCUUCCAAUGGUCCACCCAAGGCAGAGGAUGAGUACGUGAAUGAGCCCCUGUACCUCAACACCUUCGCCAGCACCUUGGGAAAUGCUGAGUACCUGAAGAACAACGUACUGUCCGUGCCAGAGAAGGCCAAGAAAGCAUUUGACAACCCCGACUACUGGAAUCACAGCCUGCCCCCUCGGAGCACCCUCCAGCACCCAGACUACCUGCAGGAGUACAGCACAAAAUACUUUUAUAAACAGAACGGACGGAUCCGGCCUAUUGUGGCAGAGAAUCCUGAAUACCUCUCCGAGUUCUCUCUGAAGCCAGGCACUGUGCUGCCUCCUCCACCCUAUAGACACCGGAAUACUGUGGUGUAA